AUGGGCAAUGCCAGCGGGUGGGCAGCUCUUCUCUCCCGAUGGCCCACAAGAAGCUGUUAUUCCCCGAUCUCCAGAGACCAGGGGACGAUUCCAGGAGCAAGGAGCAUGGUGGCAGCAACCAGACUUUCCCUCCUGCUGCUGGGCUGUGUGGGGCUCCUGCAGCCAGCUGGUGCCCGAUACAUAGACUACUGCCCCAAGGGCUGGUACUAUUACAAGCUCAGCUGCUUCAAGUAUUUCAGUCAGCUCCAGAGCUGGGAUGAGGCCGAGAGGCAGUGCCAGGCCAGCUAUGCCGGUGCCCACCUGGCCUGGGUGGAGGAGCCCAAGGAAGCAGCCACCCUGCAGAAGGUCAUCUUCUACUACCAGCAUGUGCAGCCUGUCUGGCUUGGCCUCCGCUAUGGGCAGCAGAGCCAGGCCUGGCAGUGGGUGAGUGGGGACAAGUACAGCAUCACCAGUGGGCUGCCUGGGAACGGUGCCCUUGGGGGGACCUGUGGCGUGCUGACCCACCUCAGCGGCUUCACCCUGUGGUCCAGCACCGACUGUGCCCAGCAGCAUCACUACAUCUGCAAGUUCACAGCCUUGCACUGA